ACGAAAAUCCGCAACUUUUGUUGAAAUGCUAGGUCCUCUUUUAAUAUCUCUCUUUAGAUCUUAGAGAAAGCAAAGAGUAGAUGAUCAGCAUUCUACACUUUGUAGCAUAUUUUGCUGCUUUACUUGCAUUCAUAUUUGUGAUAUUCAGUUUAGGUAUACUACUUUUAUAUUCCGUCGAAUAGCCAUUUCCAUUUUGACAUUUCGAUAACGUACGUUUUACCGUGCCAUGUAGCAUGCGGUCUAUAUUACCUAGCUGAACUGGUGGAAGAAUACUCAGUUUAUACCAAAAAGGUCAUCAAGACGAUGACAUUUGCUGUCAUCGCUCUACAUGUUCUCCUAUGGGUAGUUGACCGUCUACCGUUCUUAUAUCUGACAUUUUCAAUAUUCUGCCACCUUAUCUACAGCUUGAAUUUGAAGACAUUUCCCUUUAUAAGGCUGACUAGCAUUCCGUUUAUAAGUGGAUGUAUACUCGUUUUCGUUGAUCACUUUUUGUGGUUUAACUAUUUCACCACGCAUUAUAGACCCUUUAUGGAUAUAGCAGCAUUUUUCGGUUUAUGCGUAUGGUUGGUACCGUUCGCUUAUUUCAUCAGCUUGAGUGCAAAUGAUAAUGCUUUACCAACUAGUACAGAUUCAGCUUUUGUCAACAACUCGAAUACUAAACAAAAGCACGGUUUAAUGAAGAGCUUGCUCAAUAUUGCCGGCUUCAAGUUGAAUGAUUCAGCUUCUUCGACAACCUCAACGGAUUACACCAGUCAAGUAUAUAAUAAUACAUCCCCGACAUCAUUUAGUCAGCCACCCAGUAAUAUGGGUUUAGCAUCUGGUGUCCAUUAUGCAACAACUGCUGAUAGAGAUAUACAAAGCAGGAAGGCAUUGUGAAUUGUAUAGGAUAUAUAAAUUCUAUUUUUUUUAAUUUUCAAACAUGAAUUUUAAUCCAUGUCAUGUGAUGAUGCAUGUGCGAUGAAAAAUCCUCCAAGUAAUGCUAUCAUGGAAACAAUGCGUUGCACCUAUCAAUAUACUGAAGUGCUUUGAAACCGUAAAUCAACGACCGCUUUCAAUCAAGGUCUCUA